AUGUAUCUCACGGAUAACGCCAGUGCUUCAGACAUGUAUCAAUAUAACCAGUAUGGGUCUAUGCAAAGAUCUGUGCGACACCCGCCUCCUGCACCCACGAGUAUCGCCCUUGAUGACACUUUUGACGCAAUGACUACUGAGGCCCCAACGGACUGGGAUGUUGGCUUCGUGCGUCGCGAACAGGACUACGAGGAGUCUGUCACUGGAUACCAAAACUACGUCAACGAGAUGGAGAGGAAGCUGGGUGCGGAGGAAGAUCUCCGUGCUGCAGAGAGGAAGCCUCCUGUGGAAGCAGCACACCCGAACCGCAACAUCAAUGGGGGCGAGAGUGGCAGAGGCGCGAGAACUGGCUCAGGGCGGCGCAGUUUGGGCAGCCAAGACAUGCCUGUUAAUGGGCGAAAAGUCAGCGAUAAGAGGGGAAAGCUCGAGCUUGUGGAGUCUAGGAUCAUGGAGGAUGGCCCGAGCCGCACCAUUUCCCUCUGGCGGGAACGCGUCGCAGACAGCAGCGCAGGUAGCACUCCGACAGACGAUGGUGCGCGAAGUCGGGAAAAUAUCCAUUUGCAUGCUAAAGCGCCACCCAACGAUUCCCAUCCUCGAUGGACCGUAAGUGAUGGCCAAACCAAAAGCAGUAGUGUUGAAUCAAAACCAAGGAGGGGAAGUGUCCUGACCAUGGUCAAGACAGGGAAAUCAUCGUACGAGCGAAGCGAGUACAUGGUAGCAUAUCACCAACCCUCUAAAGCGGGAUUUCCGACACCCAUUUAUGCGCGUUCAGAGAACGGGAGUACGAUUCCGUUCAUGGAAACGGGUGGUCCUGUUCCAAUCAGUCCUCCCCGCCGAAACGCUCUUGAUCGCUCGGCGCCAAUGUCGCCGACACGACGAGCCUCAAGGCGGUUAUCACAGGAUACUAGAAGCGAAUUUAUGGUGAUGUAUCCGCAGACGCCACCUCGCAGCGGAGGCAGCACGGGCAGUUCGCCUAGUCCACAAUUACCACAGCCGGAACCCCAGAAGCAGAUGUCACCAUUACAUCAGCGAAGGGCGUCGAUAACAGCCAGUGCCAUGGGGGAUACUAGCGGAUCAAAGGCGACAAAUACGUCCUCGCCAGUGGAGUUGAUACUGGCGUCGUGCGAUCCAUCGUUGCUGCACCUAUCACCUAUCCUCUCAGAAUUAGGAAUACACAGGGUGGAGCAUCUCCGGGCUAUAGCGAGGCUGAGCGAGGCUACUCGAGACCGUGAGGUCAAAGAGCAGGCACUCAAGAAAGGUGUUACCAUCGUGGAAUGGGCCAUUCUGAUGGACAAACUGGAGACCUUGUAA